UGUGUUCAUCAUAUCAUAGCUAGUAAGCUUGCAAGCUUAGCUAGCUAGCUGCAUUGGCAACAAUGGCUUCCAAGUAUUUGUUUCUGCUUGGUAUGGUCAUGGCCUCUCUCCUGCUGGUUGCACAAGACGUCGCUGCGGCGAGACAGCUCACCGCAGAAGCAAAUGAAGUUAAGGGUAACAACAUGAAACCGGAAGUAGCCCAUGGCCCUGAAGAUGAGAAGUUAGCACAUCAUGGUGAUGGAUAUGGACAUGGGGGAGGCUACGGUGGCGGUUAUGGAUCUGGAUAUGGCGGAGGACAUGGUGGCGGAUAUGGUGGUGGAUAUGGAGGAUACGGCGGUGGAUAUGGUGGAGGGUAUGGUGGUGGAGGUGGAGGUGGAUAUGGUGGUGGCGGUUAUGGUGGAUACGGUGGUGGCGGUGGGGGUGGUGGAGGAUACGGUGGAGGCUUUGGAGGAGGAUAUGGUGGUGGCGGCGGUCGCGGUGGCUAUCCUCGUGGUGGAUACUAUGGUGGUGGAGGUGGCGGUUGGCACUGAGAAGCAAGAGAAUACAUAACAAUUACUUUUCAUGCAUAACUUAAUACUUGUUUUAAUUUGCUCUUAAUUACUUGUCAAUUUGAACUCGAUAUUGUUUAAAUAAAGAAAUGGAAGAGGACUUUAUACGACUUUAUCCGGA